AUGACCCAACAAGUAUACUCCGAUGAAAUUUAUCACGGCCUGCCGGACUUGUCGGCAUCUCCGAACAACCUGACGGCCAUUAUAACUGGCACCAACGGUCUUUCAGGCAGCCACAUGCUGCGUAGACUCUGUCAGAACCCAGAGCGCUGGUCAAACAUAUACUGCCUAAGUCUCCAUCCACCGUACGGCAAACACCCAGACCAUGUUCAGCACACCGCCGUCGACCUGCUUCAGUCUCCAGAAACGCUUGCCGCCAUCCUGAUUGCUGCAAACGUCCAAGCAGAGUACGUCUUCUACUUCUCUCACGUGCAGCCCCCGCCAAAACCCGGUAUGGGGCUCUGGUCUGAUGCAGGUGAGGUCACGCGCCUGAACUCCCUUAUCUUCCAGAACUUGCUCGGAGGAUUGGCCGGAGCCCGAAUCAUCCCCCGAAGGAUCCUGCUACAGGCCGGUGCAAAGUACUAUGGUGGCCAUCUGGGCCCGAUGAAAGUGCCGCAGGUAGAAACGGAUCCUAGAGUAGAUCUCGAACCGAACUUCUAUUACUCUCAAGAAGAUUCCCUGGUUGAGUACUGUGCUGGCGGUAGUGGGGAGAGGAGGACCAGGUGGAACAUCAUCUUACCCGGGCCCCUAGUAGGCGCUGCACCUAGGUCGGCGAUGAAUGUUGCCUUCCCGCUAGCAGUGUACGCCUCCAUCUGCAGGAAAUUAAACCAGUCACUUGAGUAUCCAUCCGACGUAGUGUCGUGGCAAAUGCCACUAGCAAUGUCAAGCGCAGGGCUUAAUGCUCACAUGGAAGAAUGGGCGGUGUUAACGCCCGGCGCAGCGGACCAGCGGAUCAACCAGUGUGACAACAGUACUUUCACCUGGGAAGGCUUCUGGCCUUGCCUGGCGGAGUGGUACGGAAUCUCGUGGAAAGGGCCGGAGGAGGAUGUAGAGUGGAUCGAGUUCGAGAUGCCAUACCGGCCUCGUGGCUAUGGGCCUAAGGGUGUCUUAAGGUGGAAGUUCACAUUUGGAUCGUGGAGUCAGCAGCCGCAUGUGCAGCAAGCGUGGAGGGCACUCACGGACGAGCAUGGCUUGAUCAAAAGAGAGCUAAGUGAUCUGUCCAAAGAGUUCGCUUUUCUAGAUGGAUGUGUUUCUCUGUACACAGCCCUGUUGCCAAGUAUGAACAAAGCCCGGAAGCUUGGUUGGCAUGGUUUUGUCGACACGUCAGACGCAUUCUUCCAGGUAUUUCGAGAGCUGUCAGCACUAAAAAUGGUACCGCCGAUGCCAUUGCUAGGCCAAAAGUAA